GUCACGUGCCGCUUGUUGUCUCCAGCACCAACAUGGCCGCGGAGGACCUCCCGUCUGAAUUUGACGUCGUCAUUCUGGGUACAGGUCUUGCUGAGUCGGUGGUUGCUGCAGCAUGCUCCAGAGUGGGACAAAGAGUUCUUCACCUCGACAGGAGGAGUCACUACGCUGCAGCCUGGGCGAGCUUCACCUUCAACGGCCUGCUCAGCUGGAUCCAGCAGCAUCAUGAGGAGUCUCUGCCGGAGGCGGCGCCGGAUUGGUCCAGCCUGUUGCAGGAAGGGGAGGAGCUAAUUUACCUGUCUGGGUCAGACUCCGGAUUCAUCGCCAACCUGCAGGUGUUCUGUUACACCAGUGAGGAAGAUGAAGAGGAGGAGGCGGCCCCCCCUGCAGACACCACAGAAGAAGAGAAGUCAGAACAGGAGGAGAAACUAGAAGAGGAAGAAAAGCAGGAGAAACUAGAGGAGGAACAGAAAGAGGAACCAGACGAGGUGAGGAGGCGAACAUCAAAUCCAGUCGCUCUGAAACUCAUUGAGUCUUUAAAUGCCUCACAUUUGGUCCAAUCACAGACAGAUCACACACAGGGGGCGGAGCCAGAGGAAGAUCAGCCACACCCCUCAGUCACUCCCAGCCAGCCAGAGCCAAGGAAGAAGAUCAGCUACGCUCAGCUGGUGAAGGAAGGACGUCGGUUCAACAUUGACUUGGUCUCCAAGCUCCUGUAUUCUCGCGGCUCGUUGGUGGAUCUGCUCAUCCAAUCGAAUGUCAGCCGCUACGCAGAGUUCAAAAAUGUCACCAGGAUACUUACAUAUCGCCAUGGCAACGUGGAACAGGUGCCGUGCAGCCGGGCCGACGUGUUUGCGAGUCGUCAGCUGUCUGUGGUCGAGAAGAGGAAGCUGAUGCGUUUCCUCACCUCCUGCAUGGAGGACACAGAGGAGCAUCAAGCCUACAAGGAGCGGCCAUAUUUAGAGUUCCUGAGGGAUCAGAACCUUGGCGAGAACCUGCAGCACUUCCUGCUUCACUCCAUCGCCAUGGCAACAGAAGACACACCCACUGAGGCGGGGCUGGCCUCCACCCGUCACUUCCUGCGCUGCCUGGGUCGCUAUGGCAACACGCCAUUCCUAUUUCCUCUGUAUGGCCUCGGAGAGAUUCCUCAGUGUUUCUGCAGGAUGUGUGCAGUGUUUGGAGGGAUCUACUGUCUGAGACACUCGGUCUCCUGCCUGCUGCUGGACUCCCACACCAACAGGUGUAAGGCUGUGAUUGACAGCCGAGGACAGCGAAUCAGCUGCAGCCACUUCGUGGUGGAGGACGGCUUCGUGGGGGCGGACCGAAAGAAGGUGGCCACGCCCACCAGGUUGCUGAGCAGAGCUGUCCUCAUCACGGACUCAUCAGUCCUUCUCAGUGACUCAGAUCAGCAGGUUUCCAUAGUAACGGUUCCUCCAAUAGAAGCCGGCUCUCCGGCGGUGAAGAUGGUGGAGUUGUGUCCGUCCACCAUGACGUGUAUCCCUGGCACAUAUCUGGUCCAUCUCACCUGUCAGGCGUCUGGCUCCGCCCACCAGGACCUGUCGCCCGUAGUAACCAAGAUGUUCAACACUCCAGACUCACCUGAGCAGGGAGAGCGUCCGUCUGUCCUCUGGUGUCUCUACUUCAACAUGGCCGACGGCUCAGGAGUGGAGGUCGAAGGUCACGACCUCCCGUCCAACGUGUAUGUGUGCUCCGGUCCUGACGGAGACCUGGGACACGAACGCACCAUCAAACAGGCCGAGUUUAUUUUCCACAAGAUUCUCCCCGACGAGGAGUUCUGUCCUCCAGCUCCAAACCCCGAAGACAUCAUCUACGACGGAGAGAGCAGCACCGCCACAGGAGAGGAGGAGAAACAAGAACAGGAGGAGGAGCAGGAGGAGAAACAGGACGAGGGGAAGCAGGAGGAGAAACAAGAAGAGGAGGAGCAGCAGGAGGAGGAACAGGAUGUGGAGACGCAUGAGGAGGAGCAGAAGGAGGAGAAACAGGAGGCCUCGGAGUGAGGAGCAGCCACUGCAGUGCAUUGUGGGUCCAGUUGCCUUUAUUUGUCUGUAAUUUAAACGUGACUCGUUAAGCUUCAACAGGACACGCCCACCUCCGCUCUGAUUGGCUAACAACCAACAAAAAGCUUCACAGAUGCAUGAUGGGAGAAGUGUGAUGUCACAAGGUCAUUAAAUUUUUUUUUUUUACUUGAA